AUGGAUCCCGACUUGAAAGACGGUCUAGGAUACUGGGCUACCCAACCAGCAACCUAUGACGGAGUUUUGGGUGGGUUUGGCAACGGUUCUCUUCCUCGUGUCGACGCGCUUGGAUCGCGCCUUUUUCUCCUAAAUCUUCUUCCAGAACUCUGCACCGUUCCCUCUGCUCUGAAGCCUCUCCAUCCAACAUCGAGUAAUACCCGAAGACGAGCGGUUGAAGUAGGAGCAGGCGUUGGUCGUGUAACCUCUGACGUUCUACUUCAUCUCUUCGACGACGUCGUGCUGGUGGAGCCUGCUGAUCAUUUUGUUCAACAAGCGCUGAGUAGGGCACGUGCUCCUGGUGCAUGGCGUGGUCUGGAUGAUGCGUCAAAAAGCGUCACCUUCCUGCAGGGGACGUUACAGGUGCUGGUCAUCUACCUACCUCUACUCAACCGAAUAUCAUAUGCCCCCAAGGAAUUUGACCCUAAACGACCCCACCAUUGUAAAGUGCUGGACAGAUUGGGUCACACCCCUGCCCAAACGGACGCUGUCUCGGGAUUUGACGUUAUCUGGUGUCAGUGGUGCUUGGGACAUCUCUCGGAUCCUGAACUUGCGGCUUUCUUGAAGCGCAGCCAUUCGUCGCUGCGGAACCAGGAGAAAAGUCUCAUUGUUGUCAAGGAGAAUUUAUGUUCGGAUGAAGCAGAUGGCUCUGCUCGCAUCGUAUUCGAUGAGGAGGACUCCAGUUUGACACGGUCUGCGUUCAGCAACUGGUACUCUCCAACCAUGCUUAAUUUCCAAUAUGCAGAUCUGAUGCCGCGUGGAAAAAUGUAUUCAAAGCGGCUGGACUGCGUGUCAUCGAUGAAAAAGUCCAAGAUGGACUCCCUGAUGGUCUUUAUGUUGUAA